UUCUCCUUAUCCUCAGCAUCAGCUUUCGCCAUUCAUUCCGUCUCAUAACCUCGUUUAGGCAUACGUCCGACGGAAAACAAGAGUCUCGUCGACUCAGACCCCUGCCCAGAUACUGCUAGCUAGCUAGGUUUUGUUUGCCUCCGUUCCAGGAAGCCGGCCCCACUACACAUCGGUCCCUUUUCUCUUUCCUCGCCUUGUAUCGAAACAAGUUGCGACGCUCCGGGCUAGCGAAUCUCCUUUUCGACUAAGCCGGACAUCAAAAGUGCCGGGCACUCAUAAUCGGCCGAGAUAUUUAUGCGCGGGGCACAGGUUACCCUCGGUGUUGUUGCUGAACCGUACCAUUGACCGGGAUUCUUGCGACUCUAUGCGGCGCGCCGGUUUGCAAGGCGCCGAGUUACGCAUCCACGACUUGUCUUUAACCGACGAUAUCAACCAAACAGAUAACAAGGCCGGUCCUUAGUCGAUUGACUCCAUAACCCUUGACGGCAGAGAAUAAUGCCCACGACGACUGAUCCUGCCGAAUCGCCGUCACAAGGCACUGAUGGCAGCCCACCUGCUGACACCACGGCGCAAACGGCUCCUCGAAGCAAUAAUGAUGUACCCAAGCCCAAGAGGCUUGCGUGUAUGAUAUGUCGCAAAAGAAAGCUCCGCUGUGAUGGCAUCAAACCGAGCUGUAGCACCUGCACACGCCUUGGUCAUUCGUGCGCCUAUGACGAGGUUAGGAAAAAGAGUGGUCCCAAACGAGGUUAUGUGAAGGCCCUGGAGGAAAGGCUAAAGCAAGUCGAAGAACUAUUGAAGACCCAGGAACCUAGUAGUAGUGCAAGCCCUGAGACUACCAAAACACCCAACGUGACAUUUGAGCCGACUCGAAAUCAUCAGACAAACACUCCGGCCGGUUUCAAUGUCGCCAACCCUUCAAUAGGGAUCUCCGGCGAGCGUGAUAUAGAUAGAUGGCGUUUUAAUGGAGAGUCGCCCCAAGGAAACGGAUUGGAUGAGUUCAAUUUCACAAGCAACAUGCCUAUCAACAUGAAUAGCAUGGACCCGAGUUUCACGUGGGAAAUGAUUGGGCUUGGGCUUGAGGAACCUCUUCCACCCCAAGAGACUAUUGACGAACUCCACCAAAUCUAUUUCGAAAAAAUUCACCCAUCUGUACCCAUGAUUCAUAAAUUUAGAUACCUGGCGGCAAUGAAUCUGGCACCGAGUCAACGACCACCGGUAGCGCUGCGCUAUGCGAUAUGGACUCUAGCCUGUUCCCUUACGGACAAGUAUAAGGAUCUCAAAGAGUUAUUUUAUCAACGCUCCCGCAAAUAUGUCGAGGCAGAUGCUAUUAAGGGUUAUGGUGAGCACUCGAUUACAAUUGCUCAUUGCCAAACGCAUGUCUUGCUAGCUUCUUAUGAGUUCAAGAUGAUGUACUUUCCUAGAGCUUGGAUGAGCACGGGUGCAGCUGUGCGCCUCGCCCAAAUGAUUGGCCUCCAUCGGAUUGAUGGUAAUGGCCUGGAUGUCAAGCAGUGUCUUCCACCACCACGUGACUGGACGGAGAGGGAAGAAAGGCGGAGAACAUUUUGGAUGGCCUUUUGUCAAGACAGAUACGCCAGCAUCGGAACAGGAUGGCCGAUGACUGUCGAUGAAAGGGACAUCAUGACCAACUUACCCGCCUCCGAGGAAGCCUUUAAUCUGAGCAGGCCCGAGCAAACGCAAACGUUAUCAGAUGCAAUGACCCCGGCUGGGCCGGCCAAACUGUCGGCAUUCGGCGGCAUUGUGCUAAUGGCGUCUCUGUUCGGCCGCAACCUCACCCACCUUCAUCGCCCCGAUGUUGAUGACCGCGAUCACGACAUGAAUGGCGAGUUUUGGAAACGACAUCGACUUUUAGAUAACAUACUCCUUAAUACCUCGUUGUGUCUCCCCAACCACCUAAAGCUUCCAACUGGCCUGAAUAACCCAAAUAUCGUUUUCACAAACAUGAAUAUCCACACGUCGACGAUAUGUUUGCAUCAGGCCGCUAUAUUCAAGGCCGAUAAGAAUGUACUCCCACCGACAGUCAGCGCAGAAAGUAAAGUUCGCUGUAUCACGGCAGCGAAUGAGAUCGCGAGUAUAAUGAGAAUGACGUCUCAUCUGGAUAUAUCUGCCAUGAACCCUUUUGUCUCUUUCUGCUUGUAUGUAGCGGCAAGAGUGUUUGUGCAGUACCUGAAGAGCCGCCCAGACGAUUGUCAGACCGCAGACUCGUUAAGAUUCCUCCUUGCGGCCAUGAACGCUCUGAAGAAAAAGAACCCUUUAACAGAGUCGUUCUUGGUUCAGCUUGAUGUCGAUCUAGAGGCAUUAGGAAUGCGAAUUCCGAAACUCAAGUCUGCGUUCCCGCGAAGCACGGACAGCCCGGCUCCGAAAUCAAACGUCGCACACUACCAACCGAAAUCUGAUGGUACUAAUCACCGAACCGGCGUAGAAGCUGUGUUUGAUGAGGUGGGCUGUAACUUCAUGACUUAUGAGAAAACGGAUGCCAUCGAUGCCUCGGAGCUAAUCGAACCGGAACGUCGAAAUCAAGGUAACAACAGCUCACAGGGUAACCAAUUUGGGACACAGCAAUGGUAUUCUGGAGAGCGGCAAAUACCGUCGCGUGAAAGAGUUAUAGGUCCUGACGACGCGGUCAACGGCGUAAUUAUACCGCCCAUGAUAUUUACCUCUUACGGAGAGGCCCAAGGGAGCGACGCAAACGAUAUGUCUGUAUCGUCCAAUCCAGACGCACAAUCGAACCGACCGACACCAAACUCCAGCAGCAACGCCUCGGAGCAGAGACGCAGCGUGGCUAGCACAGGUGCGAUGGCUCCUUCGAACGGUGCAUCCUUCAACACGAGUCCCAUCGGAUCACAACAAAAUCUGGGGGCUCAGGGAGCAGAGAUGGAUGCCUCCAGAGCGCCAUUCUUUCCUGAUCACGGUUUCGUCGGCAUGACACCUGGUCGGGCGUUCGCCAUCCCGGAUACCCCCAGCAACGACUUCAGCAUGUCAGCAGCGUGGGAAAACGGACAGGCUGGGAUGACUCCACGAACCGCCGAAGCGAUAAUACAGGGGCUGAACAUGUCCAUGGACGGCGUCGAGAUGAAUUGGGAUGCGGGGACGUAGAGCAGCCAGCUCCAUCCACAUGAACGAAAAAAACGACUUGUUUAAACCUGUCCUCUUGUUU